AUGGCGGCGCCACCAGGAGGGCUAGCCAUUUUAGUCGAUGAGAAGCGAGUGAAUGAGCUACUUCAGCAGAAAAGCGGGCUAAAAGCCUUGCUUCGGUCAACCUUCAACACUGUGCUUUUCGUUCUAUUUUUGCUCCUCUUCACCUCCUUGGCCUUGAGUGAACCCUUAUACAAGAUGCGAGCCUUUGAGGGCUAUUUGCGGAAGCGGUUUGAUUCAUCAGCAGCAAUUCCUCUAAAGGAUGUCUACUCAGUAGAGAGCUUUUGGAGAUAUCACAAUGAGUCCUUCAUGCCCGCCAUCUAUGGGCAAGAUACUGCCAAGUAUUCAUACCCUGGAGCGGUGGUGGCCACGUGGUUACAAGUAGAUGGACCAAACUAUCUCUAUGGCAUGGGAAGGGUGCGUGCCUUAAACGUGAAGCCCAAUGCAGAUUGCCGGGUGGCACAGCAGUUUCAGAGUUACUUCCCAACUUGCUACGGACCCUUCAGUCUUCAUGCAUUAGAUCGGGAGCGAUACGGCCCCGGAAAUGAUGAGGGCGUGCCUUCCUGGUCCUUUGGUGGAGAUCCUGAGGGGGAGAGUUAUACUGGAAUCCUUGCAACUUAUCCACCCGGAGGAUACAUCGAGACAUUCACUCCUGACUAUCUCACCACCAAUGCCAACUUCUACACCAUGCGGACCGACGGCUUUUUGAGUGAAAAGACCAGAGUGGUUUUCCUCGAAUUCACAAUCUACAACUUCAACUUGGGUCUUUACGGCGUGUGCCGCAUCGUCUUCGAGAUCGCUGCGGCGGGCGACUGGACCCAGACCUUUGAGAUCGAUGUGUUGAUGCAACGGAAUUUGCAACCACUGGGCUCCGGGUCAACAGAGGAUUGGCUUUUCCUCAUCUUGGAGGCAGCACUUCUGCUCUUUGUGAUCCGCUAUGUCUUGGAGGAGGCUGCAGAAUUCGUUGGCUUUGAAUCCAAGAACGGCAAGAUGCGGCUGACCAUCAAGUGGGACUACUUUUUGGAUGCCUGGAACAUCUUGGAUUGGUUUAACCUUAUAAUGAUGAUUAUCACUGUUUGCUACAAGAUUGACACCUGGGCGAAAGCAGGAGCACUUUACGUGAUCUCUCCAGCUGAUUGGAAUGCUGUCACGCGCGACAUGUAUUCCAAUUUUCAUGGAGUAUCAUCAAACAUACGUCAAGUGCACAGCCUGGUGGCCUUCAACACCAUUUUGACGUGGUUCAAGGCAGUGAAAUACAUCAACAUCAUUCCCUAUGUGACAACCUUCAUGCAGACUGUCUCCAUAUCGCAGGUCAACCUUGGAUCUUGGAUCGUGGUCUUUUGUUGCACUCUCACUGGCUUCGUAUUGGCUUUUAGUACUGCCUUUGGCGCGGAUGUGUCCGCUCUUCGUACUCCUUUUCAGGCCUUUGUUUUCAUCAUGCUGACGAUCCUGGGGAACAGCGACGUUUCGGUGAUCUAUGAAGUGGCUCCAUUUCUGGGUUCCUUAUUGAUCAUCAUUUAUGUGGUGGGCAUUUUCUUCGUGAUCAUGAACCUGUUCUAUGCCAUUAUUGUCAGCACCCUGUCGGAUGCAAAGAUGGAAGAGGAUGCCAAGCAGAAGAAGAAAUGGGCCGUGAUGGGAGAUCGUAUCAACGACACCUGGAAGGCCCUGAACCGCGGUGGGAAGCUGGAAAAGCAGUUCCGGAGCUGUUUCCCAGGCCUAUACUCACGUCUCAUGAGGAGACAGAAGCGGAUUGAGUUGAAGGAGAAGGCGCGAGAUGAUAUGGUGCUUGCUAAAGAGAUGAAGUUACGAAGGGAAGAUAUGAGUUUGGCCUUGGGUCCUGGCAGCAGUGCAUGGGGCCGCCGCCCCAAGCGUCAACUGGCCACGGUGGCCAUGGAGGACAAGGAGUCUGACAGCGAUGCCUCAGAGCCCGAUCUCGGCCCAUGUCCACUUCGAUCAUCUGACCAGCUGCGCGAGAAGGAAGACAAUCUCUUUGCACCGGUGAUGGAUGAUGAGCCUACUGAGCAGGACCUCACAGACGAGGGAAUCGAUUUGGUCAUCGAUGCUACACGCCAUGUGGCUUUUGGCGUGGUGGAGCGAACCAAGGGCGCUCGGGGUGUGCUCUUCGGAGAGAUGUCCGAGUCCAUGGAUGUCUUGAACAAUGUGGCCACAGUGCUGGAGGUCCUUGGGAAACGCACUCGCGACCUCGAAGCCCAACAGCGACAGAUUCUGAGGAGGAGGCCCACUGAAUUGUUCAUAGUCUUGGACUGCUCUCGGAAUUGCGAUUCUUGCGGAGUCUGGCAGGUUUGGGGCUUGGAAGAGAUCCACCGAUGGCAACCGCCCGAAGCGACAGCUGUGCUGAAGCGGUUGGCACGUCAGAGCCGCUGGGACCUGGCGCUGGAGGUUCUGCAACUCAUGAUGCCCAGCUGCACUGGCAACUAA